AUGUUUGAGUACGAUUUUUUCUCGAGUCCAAGUCUUACUUUCGGGGAUUCUUUCGAUAGUGAUUCUAUUCAGGGCACCGGUUCCACUCCACGUGAUAUAAACUCAGAAUACGUUUCAGUUUUAGAAAAAAUAAAUGACUCCUUAAAAUUAAUCGGUGACUUGAGAAAAGGAGUAGCCGCCGUUUUUUUUGAGCUGGAUCCUUUCAAACUGUCUUCAAACACAUUAAACACGUUAACAGAGAAUUUUACUGAAUCUAUUAAUAUGAAUCAAGAACUACUUAGGAGGCUGCUGUUUUCGUUAAUAAGCAUUACAGAGCUACUUAAAGGCAUGAAAGGUCUCAAUUCCAAAGGAAAAAAGAAGAGUGAGUUUGUGCACCAACUUUUGCUGAGCAAAAUCACAGAGUCUUAUGAAUUUAAAAACCUUCUCGAGUUUACUACAAACAUUAAACGGACUGAAUCUUUGGCGACCUUUGCUUUAGAUUCCCUAAGAAACUCGUUGGAUGACUAUUUUCCUUCUGCUAUUAAGCUUUUAAAUCAUCACGAGAACGCCGAUACUUCGAGGGAUGAACUUCUAUGGGAUGUACUUUCCUCAACUUCGAAGAUUAAAAUUGAAAAGAAAAUGUUUGCAGCAUCGUGCGUCCUUGUGGUGCUAGUCGAUAGUUUGUGGAGAGCGCAUCUUCUUCUUCGACCGGGAGCUACUACUGUCAAGAGGGUCACGGUGUGCGCCUGGGAAGAGUCGAAUGUCGGGCUCCGGGGCUCCUCAAGGUUUUUGGUGUUUCAGCGGCUCUCGGAUAUCUGGACUGCAGCGGUUUGGUCUUACCGCGAUGGUUGCAAGGAUAGCUCCCCGUUGAAGCUUUUUCUGAACUGGAUCCAAAGCUAUGAAAAUUUAUUCGAGAGUGUCUGUGUGGUGUGCCAACGUUGCCUGGGCUUCGACUCUGCCGAUCAUAAACUGCUGCCGCCCCUUCAGCGUUCAUAUGUCGCUCCAUUCAAACCUUACCACACACAUUGCUUGAACUCUACACACUCCACCCCUUCCUUGGUUGGGUCUCACUAUAGUUAGUAGGGGCUGUCCCAAUCAACUUCUCCUUCUCACUAAAAUCUGCCUGAAGGUGGACUUCUAAAUCGCGCCACGUCGGUUUUACAUUCGGUGUCUUUGUGUAUGUAGACUGAAAAUUAGAAAAUAAAUUAU